CCAUAUCUUAACAAACUGAAUUUUGACAGUCACGCCAAGUAGUUUGAAUAUUUUAUUAUUCGGGUAGAAUUUAAAGUAUUCGAUAUUUCAUAUAUUUUUGUUUAUUUAUCAAUACGAUUUUUACAAUAUCUUUCUAUAUAUGAAAAUCGUGCAAUGAUAUAUAAUCGGUUGGAUUUUUUAACCUUAAAUUGAAUAUCCACAUUGCAUAAGCGUUGGUGUUUACUAGUGAAGUUCAGAAGAAAAUAAUAAAUUAAUAUGACUGGUUUUGCAUUGAGGAUUAAAACAAAAACCGGACACCAGAUCGUGAAUAAUAUUACUAAAGAUAGUACAGUCGAAGAACUCAAACAGGUCCUUUCGAAUUUAUCUAGUAUACCAAUUAAUAGAUUACAAAUUUUAUCAGGAUUUCCUCCGAAACUAUUAGAUUUAAGUCGAGGUAACGAACCCAUCGGGUCUAGCGGUAUAACUUCAGGUGAUACGUUGAUAUUAGAGGAAAAAUUGAUUCCUGAUAAUGAACAACAGGAUGUACCGAUGUUAGAGAAUGAAGUAGAAAAUCCCUUUGAUUACCCUGGUAUAUUAAUGAAACAUAUCGUGCCUUCUGAUAAUUCCUGUUUAUUCACUAGCGUCCAUUUCGUUUUAAACGGAAAAAUAGACGAAAGUGGAUCGGUAAAUCCUUACCUCAGACAACUUGUAGCGGAAACUAUAAAAAGUGAUAGGGAAUUAUAUAACGAAGCGAUAUUAGGUAAACCUGUAGAUACAUACUGUGUUUGGAUUCAAGAUGAUAAAUCGUGGGGUGGAGCUAUAGAAUUAUCUAUAUUAGCUAAUCAUUACGGUAUGGAAAUAGCUGUAAUCGAUACAAUAAAUGCCAUUAUUAAUAAAUUUGGUGAAGAUCAGAAUUAUCCCCAUAGGGUUUUUCUUCUAUUCGAUGGUAUACAUUAUGAUCCAAUUUUUUUAGAACCGUUUAAUGGAGGUAAAAUCCAAACGAUCUUCCCUACCGAUGAUGAUAGAAUACUACGGUUAGCAGAACAAUUGGCGCACGAAGCGAAAUCUAGUAGACAAUUUACUGAUGUGAACAAAUUUACUUUAAAGUGUAUGGUUUGUAACGUUUUGUUGAAGGGGCAAGUGGCUGCACAAGAACAUGCUCAAUCUACAGGACACGCUAAUUUCGGCGAAGUGUAAUUAAAAAAAAAAGUAUAUAAAUUGACAUUGUUUCGUACUGAUAAUGUAUUUAAAAAUUAUUAAAUUCUUGCAUGGUAUUUAAAUAAAAAUGUUUGCAAAUGUU